GACGCUUGUUUACGUUUAGUUUGCAUUCCUUUGCAGCUUCGGUUCCGAUUUUAGUUUAGAUUUUCCUUUUUUUAUCUUUCUAAUUUAUAAUUUCCAUCACGCUGCUGCAAUGGCAGCAGCCGCUCCAGAAAAGGAAACUGCGCUCAAAAAACGCAUCCUUCCCCGCGGUUUACAGAAACUCAUCGAGCAAUGUUUGAAAAUUUACCCCGACCAAACGAACCCGCUGCAGGUGACGACCGUGCUGAAGUAUUGGCUCGGCGGACAAGAUCCGUUGGAUUACAUCAGCAUGUAUCAUAAUGCCGGCGAUCCGGAGCAAAACAUCCCGCCCCAUUGGCACUACGUAAGCUUCGGUCUGUCCGACCUACACGGCGACGGGCGGGUGCAUCUGGCCGACACUUCCGGCGGUCUUGAGCCACGCUCUGGCAUGGGCUUUGAACUUACCUUCCGGCUGGUAAAGUCCCCCGACGCGGCGGCCAACGAGCGGCCACCGACCUGGCCUGCGAACCUGCUGCAAUCGCUCGCCAAGUACGUGUUCCAGUCGGGCAAUCGGCUCUGCACCGGCGACAACAUCCCCUGGCGUCGAUCGCUCGACGGAAGCAAGGACAGCAACACGGCCAUCCAGCACAUGCUAAUAGCGGAAGACCCUCAGCUCCCGCGGACGGAAACACCGUUCGGUUGGGUGGACUUCCUGCAGAUCGUGGGCGUGACGAGCGAGGAGCUGGAGCAAGCGUCCCGCUGGAACGGGAAGGGUAUGCUGAAUCUGCUGACAAAAGAUCCGGCCACGGGCGGCCCCUGGCUGAUCACGGAUAUGGCCCGAUCGAGCAGCGUGUUCGAGCAGUUCCCCGAGACGCUCCGCCAGUUGGAGCUCGAUCUGGAAAAGGAAGGAUCCGAUCUGGCCGGUGUGAAUGCGGACUUUACCUUCAAAGAGCUCGCCAAAGGUGCACUCACCGUGGCCGUCAAAAAGGAGGUGCUCGAUCCGGACGAAGAGCUGUCCCGCUCCAUCUCGUCCUGCAACAUUGCGGUGAAGGAGGAAGCGCCCGAAAAGGAUACGCUGGAACAGUCGACCGGUUCGACGUCCUCGGAUAUGGUGAAUCCGUUCGACAAUCCGAACAUUCCGUCCCGUGUCUUCCCGCUGACCGGCAUCGAGCUGACGCUGGCACCGUACGCCGCCAAAUUCCUCAUGCUUGCCGUGCGCGAUCGCAUCCGGCACGGGCGACACUUUACCUUCAAGGCGCAGCAUAUGGCCGUCACGUUCGUGGCCGAAUCGGUGACCGGCUCGAUCGUGAACCGCCAAACGCCGUACGCGGUGCUCGGCAGCUGGGUGCAGAUACUGAUCCCGAACCGGCUGGUGCCGCGCAUGGUCGAACGCUUCGGCGAGCUGAACACGCGCAGCGCGGACGGGCUGAAAAUUCCACUAACGUACGAAUGGCCGGAACAGAAUCUUAAGUUUAUCAUCGACAAUCCGCCACCGGAGCUGCUGAACCAGCAGGGACCGAUACUGGCGUAAUGGGGGGUGGCAUUUUCUUAUCUUUCCCAUGGGUAUUACUACUUACGAGUGCCUUGAUAUUGCUGCGCUUCCACCCAACCACAGGAUUGGUGGUGCGCAGGUUUAGCUUUAGUUCGUACAAGUGAAACUCUGACAAUUUCUUACUUCUUUGAACUUAAUAAAAAUCUCAGCACUUUAGUACUGAUAAUGAAA